AUGAGGAUGACAACGAGGUUGAUUCUAGUCUCAAUGCAAAGGGGAGUGGCAAUGUUUUUAUACACAAUUGGGCACAACUGUAGGAAUCGUGUAAUUUUGUAUCACUUUCAACAUUCGGGUGAAACGGUUAGUAAGUAUUUUCAUGAAGUGUUGGCUGCUAUGAAGAUUUGGUCUGCUAAAGUUUUAGUUCCUUCGUCUAAUAUAUUUGACAAGCCAGCUAUAACUAAAAGGCAUAAACGUCUUAGAGAAGGUGCUUUCAAAGGUGUUGUUGGUGCAUUGGAUGUCACUCUAAUUAGUGCGAGCAUUCCAGUCGAGAAGAAAACAACGUAUAGAGGAAGGGGAAGAGGAGAAUGUACCCAAAACGUGCUUGCGAUAUGUGAUUGGGAUAUGUACUUUUUGUAUGUAGUGGUUGGAUGGGAAGGCACUGCUUAUGAUUCGAGAGUGUUGAACGAGGCAGUGCGUGAUCCAUCUUUCAAGUUUCCUUUACCUCAACCAGAAAAAUACUAUCUAUGUGAUGCUGCGUACUCUCAUACACAUGGGUUUAUGUAUCCGUAUCGCAACAUAAGGUAUUGGAUUGGUGAUUACCGAAGAGUACCUCCAACGGCAAAAGAGGAGAAGUUUAAUCAAGCCCAUGCUCGAUUGAGGAAUGUGAUUGAGAGAGCAUUCGGGGUAUUGAAAGUAAGAUUUCCCGUCUUAAGUAAAAUGCCUUCUUACUCAUUCGAGACUCAAAGAGAUAUCGUCAUUGCUUGCAUGUCAAUACAUAACUUUCUACGUCGUAAUGCAUUGGAUGAUUGGCUAUUUAAAGACUAUGAGAAUGAGACAUUUGAUAUGAAUGAGACACAGUUGGAAGUCGAAGUGGAAGCGGAAACGAAAGAAAAUGCACCUCGUCUGUUUGGACGACAAGAGCAGAUAUAUAUGAACAACUUACUUGAUGAGAUAGCUAGUCUCCUUUAG